AUGGUGAAUGUGUUUGCCGUGCCCGUCUUCUUCAUUUGCAUGCGCGAAUGCCUCGAGACGAGCAUCAUCGUCUCUGUCCUGCUGUCGUUCCUCAAGCAGACGCUGGGCUCGGAGCAUGACCCCCAAACGUACAAGCGUUUGGUCAAGCAGGUGUGGAGUGGAGUGGGAGCCGGCCUAUUCAUCUGCCUCAUCAUCGGCGGCGGUUUCAUUGGCGCUUUCUACGGCGCCGGACAGGACUAUUUUGCCAAGACCGAAGACCUAUGGGAAGGCAUCUUCAGUCUGAUCGCCACCGUCAUCAUCACUGCCAUGGGCGCGGCCCUCCUUAGGGUGUCCAAACUGCAGGACAAAUGGCGCCGCAAGCUCGCAAAAGCCCUCGAGGCCAGGGAGAGCAUCAAGACGGUGAAUAAAGGCCGUGUGAAGGUUUGGGCUGAGAAGUACGCCAUGUUCCUUCUUCCCUUCGUGACCGUCCUGCGCGAAGGACUUGAGGCGGUCGUUUUCAUUGGCGGCGUCAGUCUCGGGAUGCCAGCCGAAAGUUUCCCACUGGCUGUCGUCGCCGGCUUGGCUGCAGGCAUCGUAAUCGGCUACCUCAUCUACAAGGGAGGCAACUUUGCAUCGCUGCAAAUCUUCCUCGUCAUCUCUACCUGCUUCUUGUACCUGGUCGCAGCCGGCCUGUUUUCCAAGGCGGUGUGGAGUCUCGAGAUGCACCGCUGGAGCCAGCUUACCGGAGGCGACGCAGCGGAGACCGGAUCUGGCCCCGGCUCAUACGACAUCCGGCAGAGCGUGUGGCAUGUGAACUGCUGCAACCCGGAGAUCAACGGAGGCGGCGGCUGGGGGAUCUUCAACAGCAUCCUAGGCUGGCAGAAUUCGGCGACGUACGGAUCAGUCAUCUCGUACAACCUCUACUGGGUAUUUGUGAUGGUGACGUUCAUCAUCAUGCGCCAUGUCGAGAAGGGCGGGCGCGUGCCGUUCGUGAAGAGCAAGCCAACUCCGCCGCGGGACAACGAAAGUGAGCCGGGAGUGCGAGACAGCACCGCGUUCGGCAAGGCCAGUGCUGGCGGGGAGGGAGCACCGGCAUCGACCAAUGUGCGAGAAAUCCACGAGCACGGAACGCGUGAUUCCUAUAGAAUCUCGUCGCAUUCCCGACUGUCGGUCUUGACCGCUGAUCUCCGCCAACACUAG